CCGACUUUUGUCAACAACUGGAUUUCGCGAACUUUUAUUCAUUCAAAAUAAAAUGACGACAGCGAGCGUUUUGCUCACGGUGAGCACAACGUGGGGUGCGAAUAGCGAUAUUUGCGACAAGGAUGACAGAGUCGGCAGAUCCAUGAGGAAUAUAGCAGCGGUAGCCGCGAGGGAGUUGCGUGAAACACCAUCCACCAGGGACCAGGCCCUUCUGAUCAUGAAAGAUUGGAUCGAGCGGAACAGCGAUAUCAGGAAUGUCAGAACGGAUGAAUCAUUCCUGCUACGUUUUCUCCGUCACAAGAAAUACAGCAUACCGAUGGCUCAGCAAACACUGCUGAAGUACCUAAGCUUAAGGAAAUUCUAUCCAAGCAUUUUUAGAAAUUUAGAUAGCGAAGAUCCUACACUUAAGGAAAUUAUUAAAAACGGGUACAUAGCUGUUUCGCCGGUCCGCGACAACAAGGGUCGGCGGGUCAUCGUUUACAACAUGGGUAAAUUCGACGCAAUAAAGUUCAACUGCUGGGAUAUGUGCCGCGCCCAUAUUAUCAUCUAUGAGGCCCUUAUGGAAGACUCUACCGAUCAGAUUUUCGGUUUUACUCACGUUGGCGAUGGAAGCGGCUCCACGACUGCCCACGUAACCUCAUGGAACCCUAUUGACUUCGCGCGCCUCUUAAAAUGGGGAGAGCAAUCGAUGCCAAUGCGCCACAAGGAGUUUCAACUGGUCAACGUGCCGUCCGCCCUUAAAUACAUCAUCGACUUCGCAACCAGUAAAGUCUCCAACAAGAUGAGCGAGAGAUUGCACAUCCAUACAAACAUCAAGAACCUACAAAAUAACGUGGACGUUUCAUGUUUACCAACGUCAUAUGGCGGCCACAUUCCCUUACAAGACAUGAUUAAGUUUACUAAAGAAUUACUGGCAGAGAAAAGGAAAGCGAUAUUGGCACUGGACAACAUGGAAAUCCUAAACACCAAGGGAAUCGUAUCCACUAAAAAACCCGGUAACGCGUUAAAAGGUGACGACGUGUCAGUAGAGGGUAGUUUUAGAAAAUUGGAAAUAGAUUAAACUGUGAUUGUCUUUAGUUAAGUAGAUAUAGAUAAUAACUAUAUUUUUAGUAUAAUUAGGAAUUAUUCAUAAUCGGGAACCUGAUUCUCCAUGGAACGAAGUAGCCAAUGAUAUUAGCGAUAUAUUAAUAAUACGGCAUUUUUGCAAGAGCUUCCGCACGACCCAGUUUGUGGUAACGACACACACAAGCCACCUAGCACUUUUUCUGUCCCUGGACCUGUCUCCGUACAUAGUUGGCCUGAACAGUACGUUGUACGUGUGGCGGAUGAAGCGGCUCCACGCUGGAUCACUCCAGCCAGCCGAGCUCACUCCAGGAGCUUAGCAGGUCGCCGAGUGCUUCAUGGAGUGGAGCCAAGGUGUGCUACGCGUUCUUCCGUCACUCCAUUGCAUUGGAGCAUUACGUGUAUCGGUGUUACAUCUGUCUGAAAACAUCCUCUGCACAGAGCAUUGUCUGUUAUACCUAAUAUAGAAAGGUGUUUGUUUAAAAAGCAGUGCCCUGUUA